GAGGAGACUGGGGCAGAAGCAACCUCACAGGUGUGAGCGGAGCACUCACUGCUCCCAGGAUCACAGAAUGCAGCAAUGGCGACUUCUGGUAGUCUCAUUCCUUCUUUCUCCAGUUCCAGCAAGUGCAAUAAAAGAACUCCCUAAAGCCAAGAAUUAUGAAGUGGUUUAUCCCAUAAGACUUCAUCUGUUGCAUAAAAGAGAGACCAAAGAGCCAGAGCCAAAGGAAACAUUUGAAACUGAGCUCAGGUACAAAAUGACAGUAAAUGGAAAGGUUGCAGUGCUAUACCUGAAGAAGAACAACAAGCUCCUAGUACCUGGCUUCUCAGAAACAUACUAUAAUUCCAGUGGAAACAAGGUCACCACGAACCCACAAAUCAUGAUAUAACAUCUGCUAGGUCUCUUGGAUAGCUGUUACUACCAAGGACACAUCAUAUACGAUAAAGUUUCAGCAGCCAGCAUCAGCACGUGUCAAGGGCUACAGGGUUACUUCAGUCAAGCUGAUGAAAGGUAUUUUAUCGAACCUUUGAGCUCGGAGAGCUUGGAUGAGCAGGCACAUGCACUCUUCAAGGAUGACCCCAAAGAAGACCAGGAGAACAGUAACUGUGGAGUGGAUGAUGCGCUAUGGCUCCAAGGACUGCAUCAGGAUGUGGUCCUUCCUGCCACCAGGUUGAUUAAGCUGAAUGAUGGGAUGGUCCAAGAACCUAAGAAGUACAUAGAAUAUUAUGUGGUCCUGGACAAUGGUGAGUUUAAGAAAUACAAUAAAAAUCUUGAUGAAAUAAGAAAGAGAGUACAUGAGAUGGCCAAUUAUGUCAACAUGCUUUACAAUAAGCUUGAUGCCCAUGUGGCCUUAGUUGGAAUGGAAAUCUGGACCGAUGAGGAUAAAAUAAAGAUAACACCAGAUGCCAACACCACCCUGGAAAACUUCUCUAAGUGGAGGGGAAAUGAUCUGCUAAAGAGAAAGCACCAUGAUAUUGCCCAGCUAAUCUCCUCAACAGAUUUUUCUGGUUCAACAGUUGGUCUAGCCUUCAUGUCUUCAAUGUGUUCUCCUUACCAUUCUGUUGGCAUUGUUCAGGACCACAGUAACUACCAUCUUCGAGUCGCAGGAACAAUGGCACAUGAAAUGGGUCACAACCUUGGCAUGAUUCAUGACUACUUGAGUUGUAAGUGCCCAUCUGAAGUCUGUGUAAUGGAGCAGUCACUAAGAUUCCACAUGCCUACAGACUUCAGCUCCUGCAGUCGUAACAAUUACAGACGAUUUCUUGAAGAGAAAUUAUCUCAUUGCCUCUUUAAUAGUCCUUUGCCUUCAGAUAUCAUAUCCACCCCAGUCUGUGGGAACCAGUUAUUGGAAAUGAAUGAGGACUGUGACUGUGGCACUCCCAAGGAGUGUACCAACAAAUGCUGUGAUGCAGAGACCUGUAAAAUUAAAGCAGGUUUCCAGUGUGCUUUGGGAGAAUGCUGCGAGAAAUGCCAACUGAAAAAGCCUGGGGUUGUGUGCAGAGCAGCAAAAGAUGAGUGUGAUCUGCCUGAAAUGUGUGAUGGUAAAUCCAGCCACUGCCCAGUUGACAGAUUCAGAGUCAGUGGCUUCCCUUGCCAAAAUGGGCAUGGCUACUGCUUGAAGGGCAACUGUCCCACCCUGCAGCAGCAGUGCAUGGACAUGUGGGGCCCAGAAACCAAGGUUGCAAAUAAGUCAUGUUACAAGCAGAAUGAAGGUGGGUCAAAGUACGGAUACUGUCACGUGGAGAAUGGUACCCACAUGCCCUGCAAAGCCAAGUAA